AUGAUGAAAAACAAUGUAAUUAAAAGAAUUUGGAAAUAUGAAAAUGACUAUGGUGUAAUGUAUAGAUAUAAAAAUUCAAAUUAUUACUGUAAUAAAAUAAUGUUGUUAAAUAAGCCAAUUGGAAUUAUAUGUUUAGAUUAUGAAGGAAAUAAAAUAAUAAAUAAAAUUAUUUUCCAUAAUAUUCAUAGUAGCGUGAAGAAGACAAAAAAGGAAAUAAAUAAUAUUUUUGAUGAUAUUAAAAAAUGUGUAUUAUUUAAUUUAAGUCCUAGAACAAAUAAAAGUAAUUAUAAUAAGGGCAUUUCCAUGAAAAAAAAAAAAUUUAAACAAAUUUGGUAUACUUAUUCAAAAAUAAAUCAGGAUAUUGAAAAAGAACAAAUAAAACAAAAAAAAGAAAAAACUGUAUCAUUCAAUGAUGGAGGAAAAAGUAAAAACCUUUUUUGCUUAAAUAAUAUGAAUUAUUUUAAUUCAAAUUGUGUGGAAAAAAUACAAAUUCGAACAUUUACACACACAACUAAUAUACCACUAAAAAAUGAUAAUUUUGUGAACAUUUCUAAAUUAAGCUUUAUUGAAUUGUUAGAUUAUUUAAAUAAAAAUUUGGAGAAAAAUAAUGAUACAAAGAUAUGGGAUAAUAUAUUUAUUCAAAUUUAUAAAUUAAUUUCAAAAAAAAAAAAAAAUGAAUAUAAAGAAGAAAUAGAUUUAUUUUUUCAAAAGUUAAAUAAUUUUGAUUAUUAUACUAUUUUAAAUAAUCUUAAAUAUGUAGAUGAAAAUACAAAAAAUGAAAUUCUGAAGGGAAUAUUUUUUGAAUGUUUUGUUUUAAAUUUGUGGAAAAGAGACAUAACAUAUUAUUAUGGGAGUGACAAAGCAGUGUCUGCUUAUAUUUUGGGAAAUGUUAAGAAAAAUGACAAGAGCAGAAAAGAAAAUAACAUUCAAAAUGAUGAAAAAAAUGAAGAUAGAACAAAUGAUAAAUCAUAUAUUAAUAAUAUACUAAACAUAAAAUUUGAUAAAAAUAAAGAAAUUAGUAAAGAGGAGGAUAUGGAAAAACAAACGGACGAAAGGAAAAUAAGCCAAGAAAACAUAGACCAAAAAAGAAUAGAAAAUAUUAAUAGUAAAAAUGAAAAAAAUGUUAAAAUAAUAAAAAAAUGGUUGAUUUUGUCAGCAUCAUUUUCAAGUAAUUGCGAAAAUAUGAUAAUGUUAAAAAAUUAUUUAAAUAAAAUAUUUAGACAAAAUAUUGACAACUUAAUUGAAAUCGAUUAUUUUUCAAAAACAACAAAAUAUUUAGAAAAUCAAAUAAAUAGCAAAACUAUGCAUUCAAUUAUAUUUACAUAUGAAAAUAAACUUGAAUUAAUGAAGCCUUAUGAUUUAAGCUUUAGUUUAUUUAUUUUACAAAAAUUUUUAAUAUUAAAUUAUAAUAUAUUUAAUAAGAUUGUUGAUUAUAUAAUUUAUAAUCCUUUAAAUAAAUUUCAAAUACAUCAAAAUUUUAUAAAUUUCAUGAAAAGUGUCGAGUCUUUUAUUAUAGGACAGCCUCAAACUUUAGGGAAGCCUAUUCAAGACAACAUUAAUUUGUAUCAUAUAUCUAAUCGAAAUAAAGAUGAAAAUAAUAUUGCCUGUGCAAAACAAUUUCAAAAUAGUAUGAACAAUUUUUAUAAUACAAGUUUUUUAAUUUUUAUAAAAAAAAUUAAUUUAAUUAUGCAUAAUUAUAGUUUAGAAAAUCUUUUGUUUUUAUCUGAGUGUAUGCAAAAUAUAAUUUUUAUGGCAAGUACACAAAAUCAAAUUAUGAAUAUGUUUAUAAAUAAGUUGAGAUAUAAUAUUGAUAAAUGCAUAAAUUUAAAUUCCUCUGAUAAUUAUACAUUAAUUCGUCUUUAUAAAAUAUUUUCUGUAUUUUCUUUUGUUCCCGAAAUUGAAUAUUCUUGUCAAAAUUCAUUUAAAGAUUAUAAAAUAAAUCCAAAACAUAAUGUAAAUAUUGAGGAAGAUAAUUAUGUUAAUAAUAAUGAGUCAAUAAGUGUAAAAAAUAAUUUUUUUGACGAAGAAAAAAAAGACAAUAUAGUAGCUAGCGAAUUAGAUGAACAAAAAAAAAUUAUUAACAAGUCAGAAAAAAAUAGUAAGAAUAAUAAUGAAGACGAAAAAAUAAAUAGUGAAAAAAAAAAUAUAUCAAAAAAUAGGGAAGAUACGAUAUUAAAUGGAAAAGAUGAUAUAAAUUAUUUAAAUACAUUUAUACGUGAUUGGGAUUUAGUUCAAAUAUACGAUAACACAAUUAGUAUAAAUAAAGAUCUAUUGGAUUAUAAUAAAAAUUAUAACAUAAAUCGAAGAAAUAGUUUGUUAAAAAAUGUGGUAGCGAUUCUUUGCUCAAGAAUGGAUAUAAAUUUAGACGAAAUAAAAAUAGAAUUAAAUAAAAUAAAGAUAAGUGAUUCUAAUCGAAUAUAUAUGUUAUUUCCAGAUAAAAAAGAUACGGUAUAUUCUUUUGCAAAAUCGGAUAUAAAUAUAGACAUUUUAAUAAAUGAGAUAAAAAAAAUGAAUGACAAUAAUGCAGAUAAGGAUAUAUAUAGAGAAAAUUCCAAAAAUGACUUACAAAAUGAAUAUUUAUUUUUUUAUAAUAUAAAAGUAUUAAGUGAUAUAUUUAAAUUUUCUCAAUUUUCUGUAAACACAAAUAGCCAUACAUAUGAUAUAAUAAAAUGUAUAAAAAAAAAAUUAGAAGAAAUAGCAAUUUUGUAUUCUAUUAAUAAAAGUGAAAUGAUAGAAAGGGAAAAAAGUGGUUGGAAUGAAAACAAAAAGUCAAAUAGCUUAGGAGAAACACAUAAAAUUGAUAAAGAUAAAAUAUGUAGCGAAAUAAAAAAUAUUUCGUUGUUUCAUUUAUAUAAUUUUUAUUGUUCUUGUAAAAAUUAUAGUCCACCUUUUAUUUUAAAAUUUGCAGAUUCAUUAAUAAAAAUAACACCGAAAAUUAAUAUAGUGCAUUUGGAUAAUAAUAAUAAUGUUAUAUCAUUUAAUGAACAAAAUAUUUGUAAAAUAGAGUAUGCACAAUUUUAUGAAGAAAUAACAAAAAACAAAAUAAUAAAUAACACAAUUAUGUCGUUUAUUGUUCCUCUAUUACAAACUAUUAAAAUAAUUAUUUCCUCAAAUUUAUUUCUUAAAAAUAAUGCGUUAAAUGAAUAUGUUAAUGUAAUGGCACAUUACUCUUAUUUUGUAUUAUUUUAUUAUUAUUAUAAUAGUAAUAAAUAUGAGGGAAAAAUAGAAAAUCCGGGUGAGCAUAUUUGGAAUAAUGCACAUGAAGAAAAACAGAUGAUUAACAAUUUAAAGACAGAUAAAUCAAAUAAGGAAUACACUGAAAUAAAUGGUUAUAAUAAUGCUAGGCAUGAUAGAAUAAAUGAUAAAGAAAGUGGUAUUUUUAAAAAUAAAGGAAAUAUUAUAGAUAGUCAUAAAAAUUAUACAAAAAAAAUAUGCAUUUUUGAAAACUUAUAUUUAGAAGACAUAUGGAAUAUAUAUAUUUGUUUAUCUAUUUGUUUACAUUUUUUAAAUAAAACAGAAGAAAAAACAAAUGGAAUACAGCAUUUAGCACAUUUAGAAAAAAAUUUUUUAGAAAUAAUUUCGAAAAAAAAGUAUAUGAAAUAUGUGUCAGAUAAUUUUGUUUUUUAUUUAUUUAAAACACCUUUUACAAAUAAAUUAGAAGAAACUUUUGAUAAUGCAAUAUCAUCACUAAAAAUUAAUAAUUUAAAAAAAUAUAUAAAUAAAAAUGAUGAGAAUAUUUCUUCACAAUCUUAUUCACAAAAUGAAAAGGUUUUAAGUUUACCUGCUUUCACAGCUUUUUUUUUAUGCAAAACCAAAUUAGCUAUGCAAUGUAAUAAUAUGGAUAACCCCGAAAAUAUCGAAAGAGUUGAAAAUUGUAAAAAAAUAUUUGAAAUAUUAAUUAAUGAUUACAAAAUGCUGGAAAAUUGCAUUGAACAUAUAUUUACUUCUCAUAAUAAUCUGGAUGAAAAUAUGAAUACUCAUAAUAAUAGUACACAAAUAUUUAGAAGAACCGAAGUGGAAAAUAAAAGAAAUGGAAAAGAAAAUAUAUUUAAUAAUUUUUCCAACAAAUCAAAAAAUUAUUAUUUACCAUAUAUGGUGUCUAAUAAAGUUUGUGUAAACAAAAAUAUUUAUUUUAAAGCAUCAAUAAGUGAUAUGUUUUUUGGUGCUCAUAAAAUUAAAACAUUGUAUAAUCUUCAAAAUACUUUAUUAAACACAGUUAAAUAUAUAGAAACAACACAAAUUAACAUAAAUGUAAAUUAUAAAUUAAAAAAAAUGCAACCAUUUCAUAAUAAUAUUUUGUCGUAUUUAUUUGAACUUUCAAAUAUAGUAAAAAGCUGCUUAUAUUCAACAUUUUUGUCACAACCAUAUAUUCAUAAAUCACCAAAAAAAUACGUUACAAAUGGAUUAGUUAAUUAUUUUAUUAAUAAUUGUAGACUUUUGAAUGAUGGUAAUAUAUAUGAAAAAAAUAAUCCAAAGUUAUUUAAUGGGAUAAGAAAUUAUAAAUAUUUGAUCAACAAAUUGCAUAACUAG